AUGGAGGAGAUUCUCAGCAUUCCAGCAUCAGUGAAUUUUGAUGAAUCCAUAGCUAAUUAUGAGAUUCACAGUCAUCAACCAUAUGCAUCCUCAUCGUUUAACAAUAGUGAUGAAAUUCGUAUUAUUGUACAAAAUCAAGAUUUAUCUAUUUUACCAAGCAAUAGUGUAUUACAUAUUUUUGGAAGGUUGACUAAUGCUGAUGGAACUGAUGCCACACAAAAUAUUCAUUUCACCAACAAUGCGAUAGCCUAUUUGUUUGAUGAAAUUCGUUAUGAAUUGAAUGGUAUUGAGAUUGACCGUUGCAAGUAUGUUGGACAUACAACUACUAUGAAAAGCUUGGUUUCUUUAACACCACCUCAACUUAACCGCGCUGAAAAUGCAGGAGUUUUGAAUGUGGAAUUGAAUACAAGAAUGGCAUUACAAGAUGGAUAUUUUGAUAUAUCAAUACCACUUGGUAUGAUUUUUGGUUUUGCUGAAGAUUAUAAAAAAAUUGUUAUGAAUGCUAAACAUGAACUGAUUUUAAUAAGAGCACGUAGUGAUUUAAAUUCUAUUAUUCAAAUGGGCGAAGGUGCAGAUGAACAGUUCAAAGUGCAAAUUAAUAAAGUGGAAUGGUUAGUGCCAUAUGUUUUACCAUCUGAUAAUAAUAAAAUCAAAUUAUUGAAAUUUAUCGAGAAAGAUCCACUAAUUUCAAUGAGUUUUCGAUUGUGGGAAAUGUUUGAAUAUCCUUUAAUUCCAUCAAGUACAAGAGUCAUGUGGCAAAUAAAAUCGUCAACACAAUUAGAGAAGCCUCGAUAUGUAAUUGUUGGAUUCCAAACAGGAAGAAAAGAUAAACGUAAAAAGUCUGCCAGUUAUUUUGAUCACUGCGACAUUACAAAUCUUGAUACUUUUAAAUCAUUGGCUCCUCUAAUUGUUAUUGAUUGUUCAAAACAAAAUGAGUUUCUCAAACAAACGUCAGUUGAUGUACGUUUGGAAUUUGAAGCUAGAAAUAAUAUACCUGCUGAAACAACUGCUUAUUGUCUCAUCAUACAUGAUCGCAUUGUACAGUAUAAACCAAUCAGCGGUAUAGUUAAAAAACUGUAA